GCAGCACCGGCACCGGCUCCGCCGCCUCCAGCGCGCCCGGUGCGGCCCGGCCCGCUCCAGGAACAAUGGCAGAGACAUUCCUUGUGGAGAGCCCCGACGUCACGUACAGCAAAGACUUCAUCGAGGCCAAGUACACGUACAGCACCGUGCACGUCUGCAAGGAGAACGGUGUCACCAAGGUGCGGCCGUGCUCGACCCGCUUCACUUUCCGGACGGGGAGGCAGGUCCCUCGUCUGGGGGUGAUGCUGGUGGGCUGGGGGGGCAACAAUGGCACGACGGUGACGGCGGCCGUGCUGGCCAACAAGCUGGGGCUGUCCUGGAUGACCAAGACGGGGCGCAAGAAAGCCAACUACUACGGCUCCCUGCUCCAAGCCUCCACCGUCUGCCUGGGCACCGGCCCCACCGGCGACGUCUACGUGCCUUUCCGGGACCUGUUGCCCAUGGUGCACCCCAAUGACAUUGUCUUCGACGGCUGGGACAUCUCCUCGCUGAACCUGGCGGAGGCCAUGCGGCGGGCGGAGGUGCUGGACUGGCCGCUGCAGGAGCAGCUCUGGCCCCACCUGGAGAAGAUGAAGCCCCGACCCUCCAUCUACAUCCCCGAGUUCAUCGCCGCCAACCAGGAGGAGCGGGCGGACAACGUCCUCCGUGGGUCCAUGGCUGAGCAGGUGGAGCAGAUCCGCAAGGACAUCCGGGACUUCAGGGAGACCAGCGGGGUGGACAAAGUCAUCGUCCUCUGGACGGCCAACACGGAACGCUUCUGCGAUGUCGUGCCGGGGCUCAACGACACCGCCGACAACCUGCUGCGGGCCAUCGAGCGAGGCCUGGAGGUGUCCCCGUCCACGCUCUUCGCCGUGGCCAGCAUCCUGGAGGGCUGCGCCUACAUCAACGGCUCCCCCCAGAACACCUUCGUGCCGGGGGCGGUGGAGCUGGCCGCCCAGCGCCGCGUCUUCAUCUGCGGCGACGACUUCAAGUCGGGUCAGACCAAGCUGAAGUCGGUGCUGGUGGACUUCUUGGUGGGCGCCGGACUCAAGACCAAGUCCAUCGUGAGCUACAACCACCUGGGGAACAACGACGGGAAGAACCUCUCGGCCCCGCAGCAGUUUCGCUCCAAGGAGAUCUCCAAGAGCAACGUGGUGGAUGACACGGUCCAGGCCAACCCCGUCCUCUACGGCCCCCAGGACAAGCCUGACCACUGCGUGGUGAUCAAGUACGUGCCUUACGUGGGGGACAGCAAGCGCGCUCUGGACGAGUACACGUCGGAGAUCAUGAUGGGCGGCACCAACACCAUCGUCAUCCACAACACGUGCGAGGACUCGCUGCUGGCCAGCCCCAUCAUCCUGGACCUGGCCAUCCUCACGGAGCUGUGCCAGCGCGUCACCUUCUGCACCGAGGCUGACCCCGAGUUCCAGGGCUUCCACAGCGUCCUCUCCAUCGUCGCCUUCCUCUGCAAGGCCCCGCUGGUGCCCGAGGGCACCCCCGUCGUCAACGCCCUCUUCCGCCAGCGCAGCUGCAUCGAGAACAUCCUGAGGGCCUGCCUGGGGCUGCCCCCCCAGAACCACAUGCUGCUGGAGCACAAGAUGCAGCGGCCGGCACCCAGCCCGAAGCGCGCCUGCCCCGGGGGGGCCGCCUGCCCCCUCGCACCCAAGAAGGCACCGGCGGCUGCCCAGCUCAACGGGCACCCCUGCCCCGGCGCCCCCCGGCCGGGACCCCCCCGGACCCCCCUCCACGUCGAUGGGGCUGACUAACGGCGGGUGCCUUUUUGUAUUUCAUAUCAGCUUUUUAGGGGGGGUAGGGGGGUGGA